AUGAGAAAUUUUAUUGAUGCAGUAAAUAUAGAGAAAGAUGAAAUUCUAAGUACAUUAUCAGAUUCACAAAUACAACCUGUCAAUUUACAUCUUGAACAUGAAAACUCAACCAUUCAUACUGAAACAGAAUCCUCUAGUAUAAGUUUAAUGGGUACAGAAAAUGUGGAAUAUGAAGAUUAUGUUGAAUUACAAAAUGCAUUAGGUGGAA